AUGCCGCUGGGAGGGAAUAGGCUGUCGUCAUCCUCGUCCAAGAAAAGCCGACGCCGGCAGAAGCCUUCCGCCGCCGCCUCGGAGACGACAGCGCUCGUGAAUUCAUCGACGCGCACGAUCCAGUCUGUGUAUGACAUAUCCAGGAAAGUCUUUGCUGUGGCCAGGCCAGGCUUCCUGCCUCCCAAGGGGUCUGUGGCAGAGCUCUCCAGGUUCCUCAAUGACCUGACGCUCCAAGACGUAGGCCUUGACGCCAACAUGCCGUUCUUCAGAGCUGACGCCCAAGGACACCCCAAAGUGACCUACCUGCACUUUGCCGAUACUCCCAAGUUCACGGUUGGGGUGUUCUGCCUGCCGAGGUCGGCCGUGAUCCCGCUCCACAACCACCCCGGGAUGACCGUGUUCAGCAAGAUCCUUCUCGGCUCCAUGCACAUCACUUCCUACGACUGGGUUAAACCCCAAGCAGCCAGUGGUGCCACUGCCACCACAACCCAAGAGGGUGCUCAGCUGGCCCAGCUCAAGGCGGAGCAUGAGUACGACGCAUCGUCGAAGACGAUGGUCUUGUACCCGGAGGAGGGAGGGAACCUGCAUCGCUUCAUCGCGACGACCCCUUGCGCCGUGCUCGACGUCAUGGGUCCGCCUUACCGUCGUGACCAAGGCAGGGACUGCUCCUACUACAGUACGUAUGCCGUGGCGGCGCCCGGGGGAGAUGGACAGUACGCCUGGCUCAGGGAAGUGCCGUGCACCUUUGACUUGGACGCUUUUUCUAUGCGACCGAGGAUCCGGGAGUGAUUGCGAAUUACCUUUGUGCUUCUGCUGGCGAGAAGAAGAAUGUUCUUGAUUUGGCUUGCUGUAGAGAGAUAUGCGUGAUUGAUCUUCAAGCUGGGGAGAGGAUGAACAUCGUAUCAGUUGAGACUAGAGAGUAGACAGGGUAGCAAAAUAUUGUUUAUAUCUUUGUGUCAGUUUCGUUUGGUUUGAUU